CAUUAAUUACAGGGUUUCCAUUUUAUACGAUUGGACGUUUUGCCAACGAUGUCUGCACCGGCGCCAAUCAAUUGUCCGGCACAUGUGUGGUACGAGGCGAAUGUAGUGAUAAUGGUGGUGUGGCAGCUGGUACCUGUACUACGGUUACGACUCAAGCCGUGUGUUGCAUAUACCAACUGGGCUGUGGCUCCAGCACAAGUUACAACAAUACCUAUUUUUACAACUCGGGUUACCCCGGCACAUAUGGCGGUGGCGGUCGCUGCUCAAUUGUUGUCUCACCAUGUGAUGCGAAUAUCUGCCAGCUUCGCAUCGAUUUCCUAUCGUUGACUAUAGCACCACCGAGUGGCGAUGGUUUCUGUCUGACGGAUACCCUAACUAUAACGGGUGGCGCUUCACGUGUACCCACUAUUUGUGGUGAGAAUAGCGGACAACAUGUUUAUGUCGAUUUCAAUGGUGAAUCACCGAUUACCAUCUCUGUGGCCACAUCCGAUAGCUACACCUUUAAUCGCCAAUGGCAACUACAAAUUGCACAAAUCGCAUGCGCUUCUGCCACACAAGCACCUUCGGGUUGCCUGCAAUACUACAUGGAUACAAGUGGCACAGUAUCAAGCUUCAAUUAUGACUCCGCCGCUAAUUCGCUGACAAAUUCAAUUGGUGUGCCAGGCACACGACAAAUAGCCAAUCAACAAUAUGGUAUUUGCGUACGCAUGGGCGCAGGUAUGUGCUCAAUAACUUGGAGUCAAGUGAGUUCAGAUGCAUACUCCUUCACGAUGACUAAUGAUGUAGCUGUUGUCGAUCCAUCAUUGCUUGGCACUGCGACUGUACAAAGUCAGGAUUGCACAACUGAUUUUAUUAUUAUACCGAAUCCUACCCAAGAUAAUGUCGCAUUGGCUAGCGAUCGUUUCUGUGGACUGGGAUUAGUGGAUACAACAAGUGCAACGAAACCAUUUGUGCUUUAUACUGUGACGAACGCAAAUGAGGAUUUGGAUAUGUCGAAUCGCGGGUUUUUUCUAUCCUAUUCACAGAACGCUUGUCCUGUAGUCUAGCAUACAAUUUAAAUUUAA